AUGUCUGGCAAAGCUCCUAGCAGAUCCUUCGACAAGAUCAUGAAAUUGUUGCUUGUCGGCGACUCCGGCGUCGGCAAGUCGUGUCUUCUUUUGCGAUUCGUUGAAUCCAAGUUCAACCCGUCGUUUAUCACUACCAUUGGCAUUGACUUCAAGAUCCGGACCAUCGAAGUCAAGGGCAAGAAAAUUAAGUUGCAAGUGUGGGACACUGCCGGUCAAGAACGUUUCCGUACCAUCACCACCGCCUACUACCGGGGUGCCAUGGGUAUCGUUUUGAUCUACGACGUCACUGAUUCUAGAACGUUUGAAAAUGUCGAAAACUGGUACCAAACCGUGAUUCAAUAUGCUAAUGAGAAUGCCCAGAUUUUCUUGGUUGGUAACAAGUGUGAUGACGAAGCAGGAAGACAGGUGUCCAAGGAAGAAGGUCAAGCGUUGGCUUCGAAGUUGAAUGUUCCUUUCCUUGAAGCUCUGGCUAAGUCCAACGAAAACGUCGACUCUAUCUUCUACGAAUUGGCGGGGAUUAUUCUCGAUAAGGAGGUGGACGAACCGGUGUCGCUGCCCCAAGGUAUCGAUGUGUCCAAGAGCGGCGAAUCCAGUGCUAAAAACAACUGCUGUUAA